UUAUCGCUGUAACGAACGUAAGAAGAAUAUAAAUUUUCAAUAGAAUGACGAAUGAAAUAAUCAUAUAGGUAGAAAAAAAACACACACACACAGGUAGUCGAAGGUCAAUACCUUACCACUUUUUAGCUUCCGUUUAGAGAUCGUAUGUCAUCUAGAAUAGUUUACGAGAGAAAAAUCGAAACCGCGGUCAUGAUUUUCACAUUCAAUGACACCUAGAUCUUCGUCCUCUUCAUCGUUGAAAAAAUUCAUUUCUUAUUGGCGCGAUUGAUCGCCAUUGAUUGAUUCAUCGUAUAUGUUUGGGACGUGAUAUCCCUCUAUAUAGGUGUAUUUUUUUUACGACAUUCGUGAAUUUUUUCGCUACUUCUUUACCUUUUGGCGUAUCCUUCGUUCAAACGUGUCCAGCCUAUAAUUUAUCUGCGUAAAAUGUGCCUCGCUCACAACACAGUAAGGAAUUUUACUUCGUGUGGUACUGAAUUGAAUGAGUCGUUGAGAAAAAAUUUCAACGCUUGGAAAUUCGUGGCAAAAAAUUGAUGCAUCGUCAAUUUUCUAAUCGGUAUUUUUCCAUCGAUUAAAAUAAUGCUUCUAUAAUACGCAAGGUUAUGCUGCAUUAUAUCCAGAUAUCUGUUUAGUUGCUCUCGAUAUCUCUUAUCUUGUGUAUAUUUAUAAUUUUUCCACGCAACAUAAUUGUUUAUAUGGUAUACGGUGUGCACAUUACUCAGUUUCUCUUCUUUUGGCUGUUCAGAUCGUUUAUGCAGCUUUUUUUUCUCUCUCGUCCAAGUGUCCAACCGUCCGCAGUUCUUUUUCAACUAAUGGUUUGUGUACCACACGUGAACUAUACCACAUACCUACGUGGUUUUACUGAUCGGUUUGUGAUUGUUUUUUUUUGGGGGGGGAGAGAUCCAUUCUCUCACCGUGGAUCACACGAAAGUAGUUUGAUAUGAAAGUAUUACAAAAGUUUUACCUGCUUAUUUGGUGGGUAAAACGCCGGAUUAUUGUGGAAUUUGUUUCCAAGGGCCAUAAACACAACGCCGAGAACUAGACGCUAAAGAAUUUACUCAGAUGUACUUAUUUUUUCAACAUUCCUUAUUCAUCAAAAUUCAAACAUGAAAAGUUACCUUGUGAAAAUUAACCCUUGAAACUUGAAAACAACAAAAAACAAACAUAGGUGUUGGAAGACGAAGCCGAGCUUUCGAACUUGAGAAAAUACCUACCCAUCGAAGGACACAGUCAAGAUGACGGAAGGAAAACACAAAGUUAGUGGGGAGCUGGUACUAAACGACGAGGAGAAAAAGGAGUUGGUAGCUCCUUGUUGUGUGGUGGAAUGGACUAAUGAAAAAGGUGCAGAAUCUAUAGAACGGAGUAUUAAUUGCGAUUAUAUUGAUAGUACGAGCUCGCUCGACAAUAGAGACGAAAAUCUGUGCAGUCGGUCAAAGAUGAUCGUGAGCGGUGACAGGACGACGUCAAAAUUUAACGUUUUUAUAGCCACGUGUGCGGCUAAUUUAGCAGCCAUCGCAGCAGGCACCGUACUAACAUGGAGUUCACCUACGAUACCGAAAAUCACAAAACUAGGAGAAAGAGUGCACGUUACAGAAGCCGAAGGAGCAUGGUUAAGUUCAUUGGUAGCAGUUGGCGCCAGUUUAGGACCCUUCAUAGCCAGCGGCGUAGUGAAUAAAAUGGGCAGAAAGUGGACGAUUUUAUCCGAUAUGCUGAUAUUCCUGAUAUCGUGGUCUAUGUUAGCCUACUUCAAGUCGGUCUACGUAUUAUACGCAGCUCGGAUUUUAGCCGGUAUUGGAGUCGGAUGUGUAUUCACCAUAUUACCAAUGUAUAUCGCCGAAAUUGCUCCUAUGGAGCUGAGAGGAAUGUUGGGUUCCCUGAUGCAGUUUUUCUUAUGCCUCGGAUUCUUACUCAGUUACAUCAUCGGACCUUACACGUCUUAUUUAAAUUUGAUAUUCAUAUCUGCCUGUAUACCUAUUCUUUGUAUACUGAUUUUCUCAUGGAUACCAGAAAGUCCUCACUUUUUAUUGAGUAAAGAUCGCAAAGAAGCGGCGUUGAAUUCAUUACAGUGGUUAAGAGGAUAUCCGGAAACACUUUCGAUGACUGCUGAAAUCACAGAUAUUCAAGCGUCAGCUAUCGAAGCUAGACGAAACAAAGGUUCCUUGAAAGCAUUACUUUCCAGCAAAGGAGAUAUGAAAGCACUAUAUUACUCCUGCGCGUUGGCAUUUUUUCAGCAAACCAGUGGCAUCAACGUAGUACUUUUUUACGCGCAAACCAUUUUCGAAGCAACCGGUUCCUCGCUUCCUUCCAGUGUAUCUACCAUUAUCAUAGGAUUAGUUAUGACAUCUGCAGCAGGCAUUGCUGCUCCAGCUGCUAAAAUAUUCGGAAUUAGGAAUUUGUUAUGUAUAUCCGCCUUAGGCGAAGCAAUAAGUUUGGGUGUUCUAGGAUUUUAUUUUUAUUUAAAAAAUACCAACGAAGAUGUAAGCUCUUUGGGUUGGUUACCAGUAACCAGUUUAGUAUUUUUCAUCAUCACCUAUUCUAUUGGUUUUGGACCAUUUGUUUGGGUGAUCAUGGCUGAAAUAUUUCCAGCACAUUUGAAAGCAAUAGCUUCAGCUGUAACUGCCUCAUUCUGCUGGCUAUUGUGUUUCAUUCUAACGCGAUUCUUCUCAGUAUUCACCGAUAAUUUCGGUGAACCGGUUGCAUUCUGGAUGUUCGGCAUGCUAUGCGUUAUAGCAUUACUCUUCGUAGUAUUCCAAUUGCCGGACACGGAGAAUAAAAGUUUCCACGAAAUCCAAGAGUUAAUUCACGGUAAAAAAAAACUCGAAUUUUCCGAACCGAAAGUAUAAUUAGAUUUAUAGAGAAUUUUCAAAAAACCAAAACUAACGACUGUGAUAAACCUAGCAUUCCGAUAGUUUAUAAUUGAUUCUUUUUUCUCGGUAUUUCUUUCUUUUUAUUUUUUAAUUAUUUUAUACUAUAUACCUACCUUAUACCUUUGUAAUUUACAUGUGUACCUAAUGCGUAUGAGAGAAAAAGACCAUUCGAGUUAGAAUUAAGAAAGUAGCCUUUAAGUAUCGAUUAUUUAGGUAUACCUAUUUUAAUAUGUAAUUUGUCCACCUUUUCCUUCACUUCUAUAUAAGAAUCAGUAGAUGUUAAGUUUGAGAAAUUCUCAUAAUUAAUUCGAACCAGCGUUCUCGUCAUAUUUUGAGGUUAUUUUAGGAAUAGUUCCUAGAAGUGUGAAAGUACAAAGUAAUCAAUAUUUUACCAUUUUGAGUUUUUAAUCAUAAAUCAAAAUCAUCGAUCACCGCGGUGAUGGCAAUAGAAUAAAAAUUAUGCUUCCUGAAUGAAGUAAGGUGAUCUUCAUUCCUCAAGUUUGUUGUAAUUAAUGUGAUAAUUUUUAUUCGCCGAUUUAUAAAGAGUUUUUCAUUAUUAUAGAAAAUAAAAUUCACCAGUCAUGUUUUACCCUAUGAUUCACUUUUUAUGCAAAUUAUUCGUUAUUAAAAUAUUUAACUAAAGCAUUAUGCACUUUGCCAAUCGAAAUAUGUGCAUUUUUUAAAUGUCAAUUUAAACAAUCCAGAUGAUCAUUGAAAUAUUAAAUGAUCAGUAUUUUAUUAUGUAAAUUUUGUGAAUGAGAUUUUACAAUCCUUUGUGUGUAUUUUCUCAUACCACUGAAAACGGCAGGAAAUAUUUUUACUCUUUUCAAUAAAUAAUAUUAUUUUACCAUUUUCAUCAAUGUGUGUUGUUAAAUUUUACAAGUCGUGUUUACUUGUUUAGUUUAAUUUAUUGCCAAAGUUUAUUUAUUUAUUAUUUGCAUAUAAUACAUGUACACUUUAAUAAGAA